GGCGCGCGGCGGGCCGAAACAACCGAGAGCGAAUAUCCCGGUCUCAACCGGUUUCAACCGGUCCGUGGUUGGAGGCAUGAGCCGAGAGGAAGAGCAGCAGACCCGCACGCAUUCAUGACAAAACUGCCCCUCUGCUGUCCAACAGUGUGCGCGCGAACAGAGCCAGAAAAUAAAAGACGAGACUCCUCCACUCCGCGACUCAAUGACCCGGGAAUAGCGCGCUGUAAAAGUGCGACUCCGCGUGAAUCGUGUGUUGUUAGCUUAGCUUCACGUUAGCCAAGCAGCUCUGAAUCGUCAUUGACUUUUCCCAUUAGCACGCUAGGCGGCUAUUAGCACCUAGCAGUGGGAAUCGGCUGCGGUCCACGGGACAGUGGUUACAGAAAGAUGCCGAGGACGAGAAGCGAUAGUCUGAGGUGAACUGUGGAGAGAGUCGAUAAGUAUCCGGCGGAACUUUUUGUUUUUUUCCUGUUUCCUUUUCACAAUUAGUGCGAACCGUAUAAUUGCUGGUGUCAGCCAAAGGGACGCUAGCUAGCUAGCAUUAGCUUUGGGGCUAGCGAAGGUUAGCAGCGGUGUGGACGUUGUGCCAUGAGAUAAUAAAAAGUCAGCUUUGAGAAGAUUUAUUAUUUCGUUUUCUUCCAACUGCGACCUGCCUCGGUUCUCAACCGAUCAUCUCCUUUUGACGAGCCGGACGGGGACACACCAGAAGCUCUAUGCCAGCAGAAAUGACAAUGUUGGCCGAUCACCCAGCCAGACAGCUGCUGGACUUCAGUCAGAAACUGGACAUCACGCUGUUGGACAAUGUCGUCAACUCCAUGUACCACGACAUCGGGUCCCAGCAACGCGUGGCCCAGGAAGUGUUGACCAACUUGAAGGACCAUCCGGAUGCCUGGACGAGGGUCGACACCAUCCUGGAGUUCUCUCAGAACAUGAAAACCAAAUAUUACGCUCUGCAGAUUCUGGAGGUCGUCAUCAAAACACGCUGGAAGAUUCUCCCAAGAAAUCAGUGUGACGGAAUCAAGAAAUAUGUGGUCGGUUUGAUCAUCAAAACUUCUUCAGAUCCUGCAAAUAUGGAGAAAGAGGGCGUGUAUAUUUCAAAACUCAACAUGAUCCUCGUCCAGAUCCUGAAGCAGGAGUGGCCCAAACACUGGCCCACGUUCAUCAGCGACAUCGUGGGCGCGAGUCGCACCAGCGAGAGCCUCUGUCAGAACAACAUGAUCAUCCUCAAGCUGCUCAGCGAGGAGGUCUUCGACUUCUCCAGUGGCCAGAUGACCCAGGUGAAGGCCAAGCACCUCAAAGACAGCAUGUGCAACGAGUUCUCCCAAAUAUUCCAGCUGUGCCAGUUUGUGAUGGAGAACUCCCAGAACGCCCCGCUGGUCCACGCCACGCUUGAGACGCUCCUCCGCUUCCUGAACUGGAUUCCUCUAGGCUACGUCUUCGAGACCAAACUCAUCAGUACGCUGGUCUACAAGUUCUUGAACGUGCCCAUGUUUCGCAACGUGACGCUGAAGUGUUUGACGGAGAUCGCCGGCGUGAGCGUCAACCAGUACGAGGAGCAGUUUGUCAACCUGUUCACUCUCACCAUGUGCCAGCUCAAACAGAUGCUGCCUUUGAACACCAACAUCCGAGUGGCCUACUCCAACGGCAAGGACGACGAGCAGAACUUCAUCCAGAACCUCAGCCUGUUCCUCUGCACCUUCCUCAAAGAACACGGCCAGCUCGUCGAGAAGAGGCUGAACCUGCGAGAGACGCUCAUGGAGGCGCUGCACUUCAUGCUGCUGGUGUCGGAGGUGGAGGAGACGGAGAUCUUCAAGAUCUGUCUGGAGUACUGGAACCACCUGGCGGCAGAGCUCUACAGGGAGAGUCCCUUCUCAACCUCCAGCACGCCGCUCCUGUCCGACGUCCCGCCACGAAGACACCUCUACCUGCCCAUGCUGUCCCAGGUCCGUUUGCUGAUGGUGAGCCGCAUGGCCAAACCAGAGGAGGUGCUGGUGGUGGAGAACGACCAGGGCGAGGUGGUCCGGGAGUUCAUGAAGGACACGGACGCCAUCAACCUCUACAAGAACAUGAGGGAGACUCUCGUGUACCUCACUCACCUGGACUACGCCGACACAGAGCGCAUCAUGACGGAGAAGCUCCACAGUCAGGUGAACGGCACAGAGUGGUCGUGGAGGAACCUGAACAUGCUCUGCUGGGCCAUCGGCUCCAUCAGUGGGGCGAUGCACGAGGAGGACGAGAAGAGGUUCCUGGUCACCGUCAUCAAGGACCUGCUCGGCCUGUGUGAGCAGAAGAGAGGUAAAGACAACAAGGCCAUCAUAGCGUCCAACAUCAUGUACAUCGUGGGACAGUAUCCUCGCUUCCUGCGAGCCCACUGGAAGUUCCUCAAGACCGUCGUCAACAAGCUGUUUGAGUUCAUGCACGAAACUCAUGACGGCGUCCAGGACAUGGCGUGCGACACCUUCAUCAAGAUCUCCCAAAAGUGCAGACGCCAUUUUGUCCAGGUGCAGGUGGGCGAGGUGAUGCCCUUCAUCGACGAGAUCCUCAACAACAUCAACACCAUCAUCUGUGACCUGCAGCCGCAGCAGGUACACACGUUCUACGAGGCGGUGGGCUACAUGAUCGGGGCUCAGACCGACCAGGCGGUUCAGGAGCUUCUCAUAGAGAAGUACAUGCUGCUGCCCAACCAGGUGUGGGACAGCAUCAUCCAGCAGGCCACCAAGAACGUGGACAUCCUGAAGGACGCCGAGACGGUGCGUCAGCUGGGCAGCAUCCUUAAGACAAACGUCCGUGCCUGUAAAGCCGUCGGUCAUCCCUUCGUCGUCCAGCUGGGACGGAUCUACCUGGACAUGCUCAACGUGUACAAGUGUCUGAGUGAAAACAUUUCCUCGGCUGUCCAGACGAAUGGUGAGAUGGUGACCAAACAGCCUCUGAUCCGGAGCAUGAGGACGGUCAAGAGGGAGACCUUGAAGCUGAUCUCGGGCUGGGUCAGUCGCUCCAACGACCCUCAGAUGGUGGGAGAGAACUUUGUUCCCCCCCUGCUAGAGGCCGUGCUCAUCGACUACCAGAGGAACGUCCCGGCCGCUCGCGAGCCCGAGGUCCUCAGCACCAUGGCGACCAUCGUCAACAAGCUGGGGGGCCACAUCACCGGGGAGAUCCCCAAGAUCUUCGACGCCGUCUUCGAGUGCACUCUGAACAUGAUCAACAAGGACUUUGAAGAAUUCCCGGAACACAGAACUCACUUCUUCUACCUCCUUCAAGCCGCCACGUCCCAGUGCUUCCCGGCGUUCCUGUCCAUCGCCCCGGCCCAGUUCAAACUGAUCCUGGACUCCAUCAUCUGGGCCUUCAAGCACACCAUGAGGAACGUGGCCGACACAGGUCUGCAGAUCCUCUACACGCUGCUGCAGAACGUGUCGGCGGAGGAGGCGGCGGCGCAGAGCUUCUACCAGACGUACUUCUGUGACGUGCUGCAGCACAUUUUCUCCGUGGUCACCGACACCUCGCACACCGCAGGCCUGACCAUGCACGCCACCAUCCUGGCCUACAUGUUCAACCUGGUGGAGGAAGGCAAGGUGAGCGUGGCCCUGAGCGCCGCCAGCCCCGCCAACAACCAGGCGCAUGUCCAGGAGUACAUCGCCAACCUGCUGAAGACGGCCUUCCCCCACCUGCAGGACGCCCAGGUGAAGGUGUUCGUAACAGGCCUGUUCAGCCUGAACCAGGACAUCCCGGCCUUCAAGGAGCACCUGAGGGACUUCCUGGUGCAGAUCAAGGAGUUUGCCGGCGAGGACACAACGGACCUGUUCCUGGAGGAGAGGGAGUCGUCUCUGCGUCAGGCCCAGGAGGAGAAGCACAAGCUCCAGAUGUCUGUGCCGGGAAUCCUCAACCCCCACGAGCUGCCGGAGGAGAUGUGCGACUGAGGCGACGGCGACGAGAACGACCGGCGUUUACAGAACAAAUCUGGGGGGGGGGGGGUCGAGAGAGAGCGAGAGCGAGGACACUUCCUGACGAUGAUGAUUUUUCUUUGCAAGUGUGUUUGUGUGCGAGUGUGUUUGAUAAGGAGGAGGAGGGGGGAGAGAAAAGGACCCGGCACUCGGUUGUACGUCGACCAAAUCUAUGUCAAUAUGUAAAUGACCCCCCCUCCCUCCUCCCCCAUGGUGCGACUUUCUUUUUUCCCCCCCGUCAAACUAAUUUUAUAUCCUUCUGUUUUUCUUUAACACGCCAUCUUUUGUUGAUUCUUUGUUAACGGAAGCUUUAUGUUCUGUUACACCUGCAUGAAGUUGAAAGAAUUAAGGAUUAUUUUUUAAUCUCCCUUCACUUUGUUGAUAUGUAAUAUAUAUAUACACGAUGUUGAGACACUUGCAGUGGUGAGUCGACAGAAGUGCCGUGUGCACGGCGCAGGAGCGAAUGUGACGAACAAACAGUUCCUUCCUUCGCUUCCUUCGUUGUCUUUGUUCGUGGGUAUGGUUUUUUGUUUUUUUUCCUUUUUACUCCGGAUCCCUGAGUGAAUGGGAGCGGCGGCGCUCUGUGUCUGGGACGAGAAGGAAGACUUGUGUGCAGAACCCUCCUGUUUGUAAAGCUGUCUUAGUACUCUGAGAAUAUAAAGUUGGCUAUUUUUACAAA